AUGGCUCACGCCACGCUGAGGAAGGCGAAGAGAGGCCACGGAGAACUGGCCGGCCACAGGGGCGAAGCGAAGCUCUCCGUGGUGAGCCCUGGGGGCGAUGCCGGCGGGACCUUGGUCCCGGUAGGUUCAACCCAGCCGAGACUAAUCAAGGGAGGAGUAGUUGCCGACCGACCAGGGCUGCGAGUGACGUCAGUACCUUCUAACGGACCGCUGUGGCGUACUACGGGUAAACGUAAGUCCAGAAGACUUGUUCUUCUGGCAAAGGUCCCAGGAAACCACAUGUCCAAAGAUAAAUCCGGCACCGUCUUACCCGGCCAGUGGCCUACCCUGUUUCGGAUUGACAGGGAAAUCCCUGGUCGGGAGACGCUAAAGACAAUGGAUUCUUUUUUCAAACAACCAACCGAGGCGAGGAAGGAGGGAGCGGUACGUGGACGACCGAGUGGGAGAGGCACCCGAGGUCGUACGGCGGUCAGGGGCAUCACCUGGCCACCUAGCGACAGUGGAGGCGAAGCUGGGGUCUCGGCCCUAGCCACCACGUCGGAAGCCGUAGGCGCGAAGGAGGCGCAGGAGACGGAAGGUGCAGGGGAACGCCACACAUCCCCGCAGCAGCAGCGUGAGCAGCUGCGCUGUAAGCGCAAGGGGGCGGAGCUGACCCCACCCGCGUUGCUGGCGGCCUCGGACGAGGAGCUAUUCAUACCGCGCAAGCCCGAGGGUUCCGGGGAAGGGACUCCGCGGGUGACAACGGUGCAAAUGGCAGGGCAGCGGCCAGGGAGCCCGAUUCAAACGGAAGAAGAGGAGGAGGAACGCGAACGCCUCGGCGCCCGACCUAAGGGCAAGAAGAGGCGCACUGCGGCGAGCAGAACAACGUGCCCUGAGGACGACUCGGAGGCCUGGGAAGCUGGCUCGGAACGUAGCGUCCAUGGAAACAGGGGGAAGGCCGGUAUUCCCUCAACGGUGGGGGAAAGAGGUGGGACUGCGUUCGACUCCCCGGAGGAGACCCCGCAGGGUGUGGGCCUUAUCGAGCACAGGGUCAUGUCGGCGGCCGACCUCGGCGCCCUUAUCAGGGAAUGGCUUGAUGAGAUUGAUGACAUCAGGAUCAGGUGUAGGUCCAUGCAGGGGAAGCUAAGCGGUGAUAUGAAGAAAAGGGUGGCAUGGGCUAGGCAGGCCCUUCUCACGCUCACCUGCAAAGCGGAGGGAGCAAGCGAGCCAUCGCUUCUGCAGACCCGAAACUCGGAACUGGAAGCCCAGUUGCAGAAGGCCCACAGGGAGAGAGACGAGCUCCGGCGGAAGCUGGAGGAACGCCAGCAGGAGGUAGGCAGGCCCUAUACCGACCUGCAGCGCCGUAGUGCGGGCACGUAUGCCCAGGCCGCAGGUGGGAGCCCUUCGGACACACCCGGUGGCCGGACAACAAGGGACCCCAACCGAACAGGUACCCUCGACUUGGCGGCAGCCAGGAGGGGGGCUGAGACCGCCAGCGAGGGGCCACCGACGGCCACGUCAGCUGGUGCCUCCGAGUUCGAACUCCGCCUGACGGGGUCCGAACUGAGGAUGGUGCCGGAUGGCGACAGGGCCAUAAGCGAAGAGCUGGCCAGGCAGUCCGCUGCCCUGAAGGAGGUACGGAACGAGGUCAGCAGGAUCUCUCGCAUGCUCCUCAGUGACGGCAACGGAGAAGGAAGGGCUGGUCGAAGAGCCGGUGCUCCCGCGAGAAGCACCAGCGACGCACAGACCGUACCCGACGAACCCGCAGUGCUACUCAGCACGGCGCAAGCCACGGAGGGUGGCAGCCAGACAACCUCGGCCACCCUGGGGGGUGUACAAGAGCCCAUGGAAACCGGUGAGGAGGUCUGGGUAGAGGUGGGCACUACUGGAGGAAAGAAGAGUAGGAGCAAGCCCACGGAUGGAAGGGCCCGGGAACCCGGAAAGACCCCGACAGGGCCUCCGCAUAACGCUACAACGGCGACGGAGGCGCGCACAAACGGGGAGAAAUCCCAGGUGCCCCGCCGCAGGGCACCAAGGACAGCUGCAGUAGCGAUCAAGGCCAAAGACAAGGGCCCGGGCUACGCAGAGAUAUUGAAGUUCUCCCGCGGGAGGGUCGAACUUGCCGACCUGGGCAUUGGGGAGACGAGGCUGCGACGAGCGGCCAAUGGGGGGGUCCUUAUCGAGAUCCCCGGCCCGGACAACUCCAAGAAAGCGGAUAGCCUAGCAGCGGAGCUGUCCACCGUGAUCGGCGAAAAAUACGGCGAUGCGGUCCUGGUGACAAGGCCCGUCGUCAAGGGAGAACUAAGGGUCCAGGGCCUGGACGACUCGGUGUCCACCGAGGAACUGACAGGCGUCAUUGCGGGACUGGGGGGUUGCGAUCCGGGGGAAGUCCGUACUGGAGCCCCGAGGAGACUACCUAACGGACUUUUCAGUGCAUGGGUCCAGUGCCCCCUAAGGGCUGCUUCAGCGGUGGCGGCCAAGGGCAAGUUCAGGGGAGCGCAUGUAGGGCCACAACGGCGCGUGGCGCUGCCUGCUACAGGUGCGGCGCUGAUGGCCACCGGGCACGUGACUGCACGGCCGCCCCUAAAUGCGCGGUCUGCGAGGGGAAGGGAAGAAGCAGCGCGCACAGGAUGGGUUCAGCGCGCUGUUCAACUGCGAUGGAGCGGGGUCGGGGGCCCGCGUUUAAAGAAAGCGAGAAUGGCCAGGUUUCUCCAAAUCAACCUGAACCGUAGCCGUGGGGCCCAAGACCUGCUGAGCCAGUCUGUUCUGGAGGGGGGGGUUGAUGUGUGCCUUAUCACAGAGCCUCACACCGUCCCGCCCGCGGGCAGCUGGCUGGGCAGCGUGGACGGCCUAGCGGCCGUUCACUGGCGGACGGAUGGACACACAAACGGGUGUGCGCUACUGAGGAGGGGAAGGGGAUACGUCGUCGUCAGAUGCGGAGACAUAGUCCUCGUAUCCGUAUACAUAUCCCCUAACGUUUCCCUGGAUGAGUACUCCGCAUACCUGGACGACCUAACGUCGGCUAUCCAGUCGACGGGGGCCAAUGGCAGGGGGGUUGUAGUUGGAGGCGACUUCAACGGGCGAUCUAGGAUGUGGGACCCCAGCGGGGUAAAUCAGAGGGGGGAACUCCUGGAGGGGUGGGCAGCGUCGUGCGGCCUGUGCCUACAUAACGACGGCAGGACACCAACGUGCGUCAGACCGCAAGGAUCGUCCGUGGUGGACCUGACGUGGACAACGCCGAGUUUGGUACCAAUGGUCCAAGAGUGGCGGGUCCUGGAGGACAGGGAGUCACUCUCCGACCAUCGGUACAUCACCUUUAGGAUCGGCAGCUCUGGACGCGGAGGACAUAGGGGUAGGGCAAGUCACGCGCGAUGGAGCUGGAGCAGGUUCGACCCCAGCCGGUUUGCCGAAGCUUUAGCGCCUGCACUCGCCUGGGGCCCGACGGGAAGGGACCGGGAAACAGCGUCAAGCCUGACGGCCUGGGUCGAACGGACCAUGUCCGAGGCGUGCGACGCGGCUGCCCCGCGGGCACGUAACAGGGGCCGCAGAAAGGCGGCAUUCUGGUGGAACGAGGAGCUAGCCGCCAUGCGAAGGGCGUGCGUGGUAGCCAGGAGGCGUCUCACCAGGGCAAGGCGGACCGCUGGCAACUCCUCCUCGCAGGAGAUGGAGGACGCCUACCGGACCGCGAAGAAGAGGUUUCGGGACAGCAUUAAGGCGGCUAAGGCUAGGGCAUGGGAGGACCUCGUGGGUUCCGUGGACUCGGAUCCAUGGGGCCUCCCCUACAAACUAGUGCUGGGCAAGCUCCGGACCUCCCAGAGGGGGUUGACGGAGACUCUGGACGAAGACACCCUGGGAACUCUUCUUGGCGGCCUGUUCCCGAGAGGCGAAAGAUGCGCGCUCAGGUCACUGGAAGGGCUGGACUGGAACGAAGAGUGGAGGGUCACGGACGAAGAGGUCCGGACGGCGAUCAGGAGGGGUAGUGCACGCAACGUCGCCCCGGGGCCGGAUGGCAUCAGGGUGGCAGCCUGGUCCAAGGUCCCGGAAGAAAUGGUCGCGCUCGUUGCGCGUAGCUUCACUCUCUGCCUAAGGAAGGGGACCGUACCGCGGUCAUGGAAAAGGGCCCGACUGGCUCUGAUCCCCAAGGGGGGCGCACCAGAUGGGCCGAUCCCAAAAGUGAGGCCGAUCUGCAUCCUCAACGAGCUGGGGAAAACCUUCGAGAGGGUCCUUGUAGGUCGGCUAGGAGGAUGGGUCGAGGAAAACGCCAGACCCCGCCUCUCGGAGGACCAGUAUGGCUUCCGGGAAGGAAGAGCAACCAGCGACGCACUGAUAAGGGUGCGCCGCUUCGUCGAGAACGCCACAAAAAAGGGGGGCUGUGCGCUGGCCGUGUCGUUGGAUAUUGCCAACGCAUUCAACAGCCUCCCGUGGCCGGUUAUUGGUUGGGCGCUUAGCGAUAAGGAGGUACCUGAGUACCUGCAGCGGGUGCUGCAGGCGUACUUGAGUGACAGGUACAUUGAGUACCCCGAUAGCAGCGGCGAAAUCCGGAGUAUGGAGGUGACCGCUGGGGUCCCACAGGGGUCAGUACUUGGCCCUCUGCUGUGGAAUCUGACCUUCGAUGAGGUACUGCGGACUGGGGGGGAGACGGGCUGUGCUGUGGUCUGCUACGCAGACGACACACUAGUGUUGAGCUCCGCAGAGGAGCCGUCGACGACGGUAGCCCUGGCGAACACCCUAAUAGCAAGGGUAUGUAGGGUUAUAGCGCGCCUCGGCUUAACGGUGGCAGCGGCCAAGACGGAGGCCGUCCUAUUCAGGCAGAAACGAAGGGGAGGCAUCGUGACCGCCCCGGACGUUAGGGUCGGUGGAAAGGUCGUACCGUUGACGGGAUCGAUGAAGUAUUUAGGGGUGCGGCUGGACCCGCACCUGUCCUUCAGGGGGCACUUUCAAGCCUUGGACGCCAGGCUGGGUGCAGUGACAAGGGCGCUAGGGCGGCUGAUGCCCAACCUGAGGGGGCCAUCCGAGGCAAGACGCCGACUUUAUGGAGGUACAAUGUCCUCGGUGCUUCUAUACGGGGCACCCGUGUGGGGGGACGUCGCAGAAGCGUCAAAGCCGAUCAGGCGGGGGAUUGAAAAGUUCCAAAGAAGGAUCUGCGCGAGGGUCGUCGCGGCAUACCGGACGGCAUCGUUUACCGCAGUGACGCUCCUGGCAAGAUCACCUCCGCUCUACCUGGUGGCCGGGGCGUACUCACGGGCGUUUGCCAGGAUUUGCCGCUCCCGGCGGGAUGGGACAUGGUCUCAGGGGCUCUCCAAGGCCAUCAAGGAGGAAGAGCUGGGGACAGCGCGGGAGAGAUGGAAAAGGUCUCUCGAAGGGCCAAGCCUCCCCAGUAGCAGGCUGAGGAGGGCUAUUCUGGCGAACUGGGAGGGGUGGCUUGACAGAAGACAUGGCAACCUCACUUUCAGGGUGACCCAGCUGCCGACAGGUCACGGCUGUUUCGCCGAAUUCCUAAACAGGAUCGGAAGAGCAGAGGAGCCGACCUGCUGGCACUGUGAGGAGGCGGUGGACACAGCGAGCCACACGCUAGAGGACUGUACCGCCUGGGAGGGGGAGAGAAACGCCCUACGCGAGACCAUUGGGGACGAUCUCACCCUUGACGGGGUGAUCCGGGGAAUGGUAUCGUCAGAAGAUGGGUGGGCAGCGGUUACCCGCUUUGCGGAGCGGGUAAUGGCUGCCAAGGAACGGGUAGAAAGGGAGCGACAGCACUCGGCAGCGCUAUCGGGACGCAGACGGGCUGGGCGCCCACGCGCUAGAGAACGCGACGAGGGCGAACACGGGUAG